ACUUCGUCUUUGGAGCAUCAACAAAAUUUAGUGUUUUCGAGGCUUUUCGUGUGACAGUUUAUUUUUAUUUCGCACUUGCUUUUGUUGAUAUUUCUGUAGAAUUGAAAAUUAUCAUAAUUUUAUUAUUGAAUUUAUCGUUGUAAUAUAUUGUGCAAAUAAAAUUCAAUCCCCAUAACUGGCAUCAGAUGAAGAAAUAAUCGAACCAAGCACCUCGCAAGAAGAAGAUGACAUCCUUUAUUCAACUCCAGAGUCAGGUAGUAAGUCUUUGUCCUCAAAUUGGCUGGGUUGAAAUUGAUCCUGAUGUUCUCUGGCUUCAGUUUGUUGCUGUAAUAAAGGAAUCUGUCAAAGCUGCAGGAAUAGAGAUGAAUCAAAUUGUUGGACUUGGCAUUUCAACACAGAGAGCAACUUUUAUUACGUGGAACAAGCACAGAGGUGUUAAUCUGUGUACAUCAAGGAAAACGGGAAAUCAUUUUCACAACUUCAUUAGUUGGCAAGAUCUGAGAGCUAUUGAACUUGUAAAAUCUUGGAAUAGUUCUCUUAUAAUGAAGCUAAUACACAGUUCCUGCCGAAUGCUUCACUUUUUCACUAGAAGUAAACGAUUUUUAGCAGCCAGUUUGUUCACUUUCACAACCCAGCAUGUUUCUUUGAGAUUAGCCUGGAUUUUACAGAACCUGGUUGAGGUGCAAAAGGCAAUUGAAGAAGAAAAUUGCUGCUUUGGGACUAUUGAUACCUGGUUGUUACAUAAGCUCACAAAAGGUUCUGAAUUUGCCACGGAUUUUUCAAAUGCCAGUACCACUGGACUUUUUGACCCAUAUGAGAUGUGUUGGAGCAGCUUUAUUACUUCUCUGCUUUCAAUACCACUCUCUCUCCUGCCUCCCGUGAGGGAUACAAGCUUCAAUUUUGGAUCAGUGGAUGAAGAGAUAUUUGGUGUGCCUAUACCAAUAAUGGCCUUGGUGGCCGACCAGCAGGCAGCCAUGUUUGGAGAGUGCUGCUUCCAGAUGGGAGACGUGAAACUGACCAUGGGGACUGGGACAUUUCUGGACAUCAAUACUGGAAGUAACCCUCAACAGAAUGUUGGAGGCUUUUAUCCGUUGAUUGGGUGGAAGAUUGGACAAGAGGUUGUAUGCAUAGCUGAAGGCAAUGCAGGAGACACUGGUACUGCCAUAAAAUGGGCUCAGCAAUUAGAUCUUUUCACAGAUGCUGCUGAGACUGAAAAAAUGGCCAGAAGUUUGGAAGAUUCGGAAGGGGUUUAUUUUGUUCCAUGUUUUAGUGGUUUGCAGGCUCCAUUAAAUGACCCCUGUGCUUGUGCCUCUUUUAUGGGUUUGAAGCCUUCCACUAGUAAAUACCAUCUUGUACGAGCAAUAUUGGAGUCCAUAGCUUUCAGAAACAAGCAGUUAUAUGAGGUGAUGCAGAAAGAGAUCCAUAUUCCCGUGACAAAAAUCCGGGCAGAUGGCGGAGUUUGUAAGAACAGUUUUGUCAUGCAGAUGACUUCAGACCUGAUUAAUGAGAAGAUAGACAGACCUGUUCACCUGGAUAUGUCGUGCCUUGGUGCAGCUUCUCUAGCUGGCCUUGCUGUUGGGUUUUGGACUGACAAGGAGGAACUAAAGAAACUGAGACAAAGUGAAAUGGUUUUCAAGCCACAGAAGAAAUGGCAGGAAUAUGAAAUGAGUAUGGAAAACUGGGUGAAGGCAGUGAAACGCUCCAUGAAUUGGUAUAACAAGACAUAGCACCAAACAGAAUGGCUGAAACCGCAGAUGGCUGCAUGUGACAUGCAGAUGAGAUGAGCUCAGGAACACCAAUACAAUGGGGACUGAGAGGAGACUUAAAAUGAUCUUCACAACUGAAGAGAAAAAACACUGAUUUUUUUAAAACAACAAUAAAAUUUUUUAAACCUC